CUGGACAUUCAGAUAACAGACUUGGCUACUGAGAGCCUUGAAGUUAAAACUGACAAGUUUGUGUGAGACACAGGAGCAGAGAGGGAGCCAAUUGAUUAAAGGAGGCGUGUCUGAGGCUUGAUUGGAUUAGCAAUAAACUGCGAGCAGUGGGGUUUUUGUUAAACUGAAAGUCAGGUUUUAUUCAAAGUUUCUUACUUUCAUUUAUUAAUUUGCCUGCUUCCUGAACCAAAAGAACUAUCUCUUGAAGAGGUCCAUUUUGCUGUCUUAUUCUAUCCAAAGAGGUUCCUCUAGGAGAGAAGCUGUUGUGUCUAAACAAUGCCAAUUAAUGUGAAUGAUGUGAUGCAACUUCUGUGCCGGAUAUCUGAAGUGCGGGGAAUGAAGGCAGCCAUCAAACAUUCGGGACGAGGAGCACUUCUGGCAGGUUUGGGCGCCUUCACUGGAGGCUUGAUGGGCGGACCAGUUGGCCUUGCGUUGGGUGGGGCACUUGGUGGCUUGAUUGCAGCCUCAAUGGCCAGUGGACAAUUUAAGCCCGUCCCUCAAAUUAUUCUGGAACUGCCUCCAAGAGAGCAACAACAGCUUUAUGAAGAUGUCCGGGCCAUUGUUAGGAACCUGGAUUGGAUGGAUGUGGCACAGCUCACAGCACUGGUCAUGGGAAACUCAUCUGUUCAAGAGAAAUUGCUCAUGGUGGUGACAAACUACAUCACCAAGGAGCUUGGUGCUACAAUCAAGUAUGGAAAGUAAAAACCACAAGAGCAGCAGUCUGUGAAGAGCAACAUAGAGAAGUCAAUGCUGCCUGAAGAUCCUGGCAACUGUACUGUGGAUGUUUGGUGCAAGUCCUAGGCUUUGCAGAGAUGACACAAUUAAAGGGCUACAAUACCACU